AUGGACGCCUCAAACACUACUACCACUACCGUUUCCUCUACUUCAGCUGCAGCUACCCCAUCGAAGAAAGCCGCGAACUUGUGUCCUAUAAACGGCUGCACUGAGAAAAGGAGUAUCGUUGUUGGAUUAUGUCGAUACUGUAAUGACAAGUUUUGUUCGAAACAUCGUCAUGUGGAAGCCCACAGAUGCCCAAACAUGGAAACUUGCAGGCAGGAAUCUGCUGUCAUCAAUAUGGGAUUUGGAUUUAUACUGGCUCGUGUAGGCAAACUAAGCUCGUCUGGAUCUAAAACGAUUGCUCAGGUGCUAGUAACUGUCCUCUAUCCCUGUGUAUUCAUGAGCAAGAUCAUUUCCGCAAUCGACAGUUCUACACUCCAAGCUUUGGGGUUCAUGUUUAUCUGGGAACUGGUGCUAUUCGCAUUAGGUCUAGGUCUUGGGUUGCUGGUACGAGCAUUCUGUAAUCCGCCACAAAAGUUUAGGAAUGGAUCUGUUAUGGCUACUAUGAUGGGGAAUUGGGGUGAUAUAUCGCUUGCCGUGGUUGGAUCAUUGGGAAACUACCCUCCAUUUGGCAACGACGCAGUCUACGGCCAAGCUCUGGUGUCCGCCUACCAAGUGAUUGUAAACCUGAUCUUUUUCUCAUUCUGCUACAUGUAUAUUGGCCGUGACUUUACAGAUAACGAGCCAGCCGAAGAACCACCUGUGCUCGUCAAAGUAGAACCCAACAACCACAGUACCGACAUAGACGACUCAACACAGACGCCCGAGGCUAUAUUAUCAACGGUGGCCUCAACAACCAGUUUACUGGCAAUGGGCGAAGGACACGUAACUCAAGCCUCCAGUCCACACCCAAGUCUGAGGAAUCGUAGACCGAGUACAGCUAGUGUAAGGAGCUUCCAUGAAGCUCGGGCAGCUUCGAUUUCGUUUGCACCCAUGCCACCUUCACUUCCCAGACCGUCGUCUACGCAUCGUAAUGACGAUGAGGAGAAUAACGAAGAGCAACAUAAUUUAUUGGAUGCAAGUCACAUCACAAGUGAUCCGGAAGAGGUCGGUGAUUUAGGGAUAAGCAGUAGACAGAACUCGAAUACAGGAGCUAUAAUAUCACGAGCUGCAUCAGUAAAGAAGAAGAUAUCUGUCGAAACACAACCAACACUUAUACCCACAAAGCAGCCAUUCUGGUUGUUUAGACCUAUAUAUGCAGUACAGGGCAAAAUAGAAGAAGAAUGGCAAAAGUUUGUCAUUUAUGCUGAAAACAAACCCAUGCUGAAACAUAUAGCACAUCCACCGAGUUUCGUAACUUAUUUCUUUGCAGGGUUGACCAAUAUGGCUAAUGUCAGCAUCAUAAUGGCGUUGGUUAUCAGUCAGAUACCAGCUAUAAAGAACUUGCUGGUGCCGUCGGAUAUAUAUGCUACACCCGCUCCAGAUCAAGAGCCGCCGCUCCGUGUCAUUCAAGACACAUUCACAUAUAUUGGUGCGGCAGCAGUUCCAAUGGGUCUUCUCAACAUGGGUGCAGCAAUUGGAAGACUUAAAGUACAAUCACUACCACCUGCACGGCUCCUCUUGUCUAUUGCUGCAUCAAGACUGGUCAUACUACCAAUAAUAGCCAUAUCGCUGUGUCAGUUAGUGACGUAUCAUUUUGGAUGGGUUGAUCCCUCCAACAAGAUAUAUCGAUUCAUUUUAAUGUUUCAGUGCUGUGUUCCAACAGCUGGUAGUGCUGUCUUCUUGACUCAGAUAUGGUCUCCUGAUGGAAGUGCUGAUGAGAUCGCCGCUGUAAUCCUGGUUCAAUACGCUUUAGCAUUCAUAAGUCUGACGGUGUGCAACAUUGUCAUUCUGACCCUUCUGGCCUGA